UAUGGAGUGUGGAAAGAAUUUCAGAUUUAGUGGAGCCCUUAGAACACAUGAAGAGACUCACAUAAGUAAAAAACGAUUUAAAUGCAUGGAUUGUGGAAAGUGUUUCAGUCAGAGUGCACACCUUAGAACACAUCAACGGACUCACACAGGGGAGAAACCAUUCAAAUGUAUGGAGUGCGGAAAGAGCUUCAGUGACAGUUCAAGACUCCAUUUACAUCGACGAACACACACAGGGAAGAAACCAUUUAAAUGUAUUCAGUGUGGAAAGAGCUUCAGUCAGACUGGAAACCUUAGAAUACAUCAACAGACUCACACUGGGGAGAAGCCAUUUAAAUGCACGGAGUGUGGAAAGAGCUUCAGUCAGAGUGGACACCUCAAUAUACAUCAACGGACACAUACAGGGAGAGAUCAUUUUAAUGAAUGGA